AUGUUAAUUUUAGCAAUAAUUAGUCUUAUCACUUUCGUGUCAAUGUCUAAGUUGUCUGACAAUAGAGCUAUUAUCAGAUUAAUUAAUAUCUAUCUAAUUUUAGUAUUAGUAUUAGAUAGUUUCUUAUAUCUUUUAUUCUUAAAUAAUCAAACUUAUACUGUAAUGGGUGAAUUAUUAAUAUUUAAUUCAUUUACUUUCUAUAUAGAUAUGUUAAUAUAUUUUAUUAUGAUUGUUAUAUCAAGUUUAUAUGGUUAUAAUUUAUAUAAUAAUAAUUUAUAUAAAACAUUAUUUGAACCUAAAAAAGAAUUAAUAAUAUUAUUUUUAAUAAAUAUAUUAGGUGCAUUAUUAAUAGUACAUUCUAAUGAUUUUAUUACAUUAUUUGUAGCUAUUGAACUACAAAGUUAUUCUAUUUAUUUAAUAACAGCUAUUUAUAAUAGUUCAUAUAAAGCUUCUAAAGCUUCAAUGUUAUAUUUCUUUAUGGGAGGUAUAUUAUCAAUAUUAAUAGCUUAUUCUAUAAAUACAUACUAUAGUGUUUUAAAUUCUUAUACUUUACAUUCAUUAGAUAGUCUUAUUAUAAAUACAUUAGAUUUAAAUUUAAUAUUAAUAGCUUUAUCAUUAGGUUUAUUAUUCAAAAUAGGUAUAGCACCAUUACAUAAAUGAUUAAUAUCUAUAUAUGAAAAUACACCUAUAUUAAUAACAAUUUAUAUUAGUUUAAUACCAAAAAUAAGUAUAUUAUCAUAUUUAGUAUUAUCAAAUAUUUCAAUAAAUUCAUUAGUAAUCUCUAUAUUAGCUAUCUUAACUUUAUUAGUUGGAUCAGUUGGUGGAUUAUUACAAAUAAAAAUAAAAAGAUUAUUAGCAUUUAGUGGUUUAACUAAUGCAGGUUAUAUGAUGUUAUUAUUAUUAUUAAAUAAUAACGAAUUCUCAUAUUUAUACUAUAUUACUCAAUAUAGUAUAUCUCAUUUAGCUAUAUUUAUGAUAAUAAUCUUUAGUAUAUAUUAUAUUAAUUAUAUUAAUAAUCAAUAUAAUCCUAUUAUAUAUGUAAAUCAAUUAAAAGGUUUAAUACAUGAUAAUGCUUAUUUAGUAUUAUCUAUGGCUAUAGUGGUAUUCUCAUUUAUAGGUAUACCACCAUUAUUAGGAUUCUUUGGUAAAUUAAAUAUAUUAAUGUCAAUAUUAAAUAAUGGAUAUUACUUUAUAUCAAUAGUUUUAAUAGUUGCUAGUUUAAUAUCUGCAUUAUAUUAUUUAUACUUAUUAAAUGUAAGUAUACAAGAUAAAAAUAAUAUACUAAUAAAUUCAAAUGAAACAGUAUCUUCAGUUUUAAGUUAUAUAUUAAGUUCAUUAAUUAUAUUAAUAACAUUUGGAUUUAUAUAUAACUCAUUAAUAAUAGAUAUAUUUAAUGUCUAUUUUAAUUAA